UCAAUCAUAAACCAUUUCUAAGCAAGUAAAUAUUAAAUCUUCAAAAAGUUAAACAGUAGGGCUGAUGUUAAUUAGAUUAGUUAAUUAUGGGGAAAAACCACCCAGCCAUAUGGUAUAUGCAUGUAUCACGCAUCUGAUGUAUACCUUUAUUUAAAGACAAAAAGUAUCCAGUCCUUCUGGAUGUUUAGUGGACCAAUUCUCAUAGUUAAUGUGAUGAAUUACAUCUGUGUGAACUUUACAGAAAAAUGAUGUUAGUUCUGAGAAAAGUUCCAGCGUUAUUUGUCUUUGAGCGACCCUUGGUGUGAUAUUUCAUUAUGUAAUGCACUGACAUUUGCACAUUUUUAGGUGUGACUAACAUUCGAAUACUUUGCGUAUGAGAGCAGUGCAAUUUUAACACUCGCGUCCCCUCCGUCUGCAAGCGUCCAACACGCACAUGACCGUCGUGCCCUCAGCAGCCUCCCUCCAUUGAGAAAGUUAACAGUUUGUUUUUCACAGGACUGAAUGCUUCACUGCACACAUCACUGAAGAGCCCCCCUUCACGCUGGACCAGCCCGUCCGUGAGAGGCUCACCAAAAUUAUUUCACUCCCCGAUUGCGUAAAACAAAUCCAAAGUCUCUGCGGGAUGCCGUCUCCUGAUAUGAAUUCUUGUUGACACCUCGGUCCUGGACCCUUGCCUCCUUCCAAAGUACAAGAGUGCCUGAUGCGGUAACCAUGACAACAUCACCGCCACAGACGGAGCGACUGUGCUUAACAGGACUAUUAGUACACCUUGUCCUGCUAUCUUUCGUCACAUCACAGACCUCAUCAUCCUCACCGACCUUUGACCCCAAGUCUUUGCCCUCUCUACCUGAAGAGUGUCAGAGAAAAAUGCACCCGGUUACGUCCUACACAGCUCUGAGCCCGUGGAUGUUUUCUUUCUCGCUACCUGGAGUGAACGAUUAUUCGCCCCUCACGCUCGACCUCUCCAGAAACCAGCUGAUAGUUGGAGCCAGAAACCAUCUCUUCAGGCUGAGUCUGAGCAAUGUCUCUCUCCUGCAGGCCACUGAGUGGGGCGUCGAUGCGAACACCAGGAGAUCCUGUCAGAGCAAAGGAAAGACUGAGGAUGAGUGUCAGAAUUACGUUCGUGUCCUUCUGCUAAACGGCGGCCGCUUGUUCACCUGCGGGACAAACGCUUUCAUGCCCGUCUGCACGACUCGCUCCGUUACUGACAUCACACAUGUUUUGGAUUCUGUCAGCGGAGUGGCUCGAUGUCCCUACGACCCGCGGCACAACUCGACAGCUAUGAUAACCGAGAGCGGAGAGGUGUACGCGGCCACGGUGACGGAUUUCUCCAGCCGGGAUCCGAUUAUUUACCGCAGCCUGGGGAAUAUGCCACCUCUGCGGACCGCCCAGUACAACUCCAAAUGGCUUAAUGAGCCUCAUUUUGUCUCCGCGUAUGAGGUGGGCCGCUUCACCUACUUUUUUUUGAGGGAGAACGCUGUUGAACAGGAUUGUGGGAAGACGGUCUUCUCUCGUGUCGCCCGCGUGUGUCAAAAUGACGUCGGAGGUCGUUUUCUGCUGGAAGACACCUGGACCACCUUCAUGAAAGCCCGACUGAACUGUUCUCGCUCUGGAGACGUUCCCUUCUACUACCAUGAGCUCCAGAGCACCUUCUACCUCCCCGAGCAGGACCUCAUUUAUGGAGUCUUUACCACCAACAUAAACAGCAUUGCUGCAUCAGCCGUGUGUGCGUUUAACCUCAGUGCCAUUACACAGGCCUUUAAUGGGCCGUUUCGUUAUCAGGAGAACCCCCGGACCAGCUGGCUUUCUACUCCUAACCCCAUCCCAAACUUUCAGUGCGGGACAGUGAAUGAUUCGGGUCCGGGUUGCAAUCUAACCGAACGCAGUCUUCAGGAUGCUCAGCGACUCUUCCUCAUGAAUGACGUGGUUCAGCCCAUUUCCACAGAUCCUCUGGUCAUGCAGGACAACAUCCGUUUCUCCAGACUGGCUGUUGACAUUGUGCAGGGGAGGGACACGCUGUUCCACGUCAUGUAUAUCGGCACAGAGCGCGGCACCAUCAUCAAAGCCCUGUCCACGAGCAAUAAGAGUCUUCGUGGAUGUUACCUGGAGGAGAUGAACGUUCUCCCAGAAGGCGUGCGAGAGCCGAUACUAAAUCUGCAGAUCCUUCAGAGCGACCGAUCUCUGUUCGUGGGACUUCCCAGCAGGGUGUUAAAAAUUCCACUGGAGAGAUGCUCCAACUAUAAAACCCAAGAAGACUGUCUGGGUGCGAGGGAUCCAUACUGUGGAUGGGACCGGAAAGAAAAACACUGUUCGACCAUCGAGGACAGUUCAAACAUGAGUCAAUGGAGCCAGGACAUCAUAAAAUGCCCAGAACGGAAGCUAACACAAGAUGGUGGCUUCGGCGAUUGGUCAUUGUGGCAGACUUGUAACCAUGAUGAUGGAGGGGAGGGAACCAGUACGUGUCAAUGUCGAACUCGGUCCUGUGAUAACCCACGGCCGCAGUGUGGUGGUCAGAAGUGUUUUGGGGCAAAUAUAGAGGUGGCCAACUGUUCCAGGAAUGGAGGUUGGACACCGUGGUCCUCUUGGGCCGAGUGCAGCACCAGUUGCGGGAUCGGAUUUGAGGUUCGUCAACGGUCCUGCAACAAUCCAGCCCCUCGACACGGAGGCCGAGUGUGUGUGGGUCAGGCCAGAGAGGAAAGAUUGUGUAAUGAGAAAAAUCCAUGUCCCAUUCCUGUGUCCUGGGCCUCAUGGAGUGCCUGGUCCAAGUGUACUGUUGCUUGCGGAGGUGGAAUCCAGUCCCGCGUACGCACCUGCGAAAACGGCAACACAUGUCCUGGUUGCCCACUGGAGUACAAGGCGUGUAAUUUGGAUGCAUGUCCAGAGGUCAGGCGGAGCACCCCGUGGACACCCUGGUACCCUGUUAAUGUCACCCAGAUGGGUGCGAGACAGGAGCAGAGGGUCAGGUACACCUGCAGGGCUUUGCUCGCAGACCCUCACGAUCUCCAGCUCGGCAAACGCAAGACGGAGACGCGCCUCUGCCCCCCCGCUGACGGAGUCUGCGAUACUGACGGUCUGGUUGAGGACUUGUUGAGAAUGGGUCGACCCGUCACACGAGUGCAAGGAGCCACCUGGUCGUCAUGGGAAACGUGGUCCACAUGUUCUAAAGAAUGUUCCAAAGGUUUCCGGACACGCAAGCGCUCCUGUGCCACGCCCGACGGGAAGAGCACCCCAUUCGCCUGCAGCGGCACGCCCGUCGAAUAUCAGGAUUGCAACUAUCAGCCGUGUCCAGUGAAGGGGUCGUGGUCAUGCUGGUCUUCCUGGUCUCAGUGUUCCACUUCCUGCGGUGGCGGUCACUACCAGCGCUCUCGCACCUGCUCUAACCCCACCCCUGCUCAUUCGGGUGAUAUCUGCAUCGGUCUUCACACAGAAGAAGCUCUGUGCAACACACACGAGUGUGAAGGUGGAUGGGGGGCGUGGUCAGAGUGGGCGGAGUGUAACGAGGAAGGCCUUCAACUUCGUAGUCGGGUGUGUGAAAUAAGCCCCGCCUCUUGUCAAGGAAACCGCACUGAGCAGAGCGAGUGUCGACCCAAUGAGAGCGCAGUGCUCUCGGGAAAGAAAAGGAGCGCAAACUGUGGAGGAUUCUCUCUCUUCCACAUGGUGUUGACGGGCGCGUGCUGUUUUUUGGGAGCGGUUUUGCUAUCUGUUCUGGUGUACGCGUACUGCCAGAGACUCCGCAAACCUCCUCAGGAAUCAGCUGUGAUCCAUCCCAGCACCCCCAACCAUCUGCACUAUAAAGACAACAGCUGUGCGCCCAAGAACGACUUGUAUACGCCGAUGGAGUUUAAGACCCUAAAUAAGAGCAACCUGCUUCCACCGGAAGAGAGCUGUAAUUUCUUCCCGUCGCCCCUGCCGCAGACGAACGUCUACGCCACCACGUAUUACCCCACCCCUUUAGGCAAAUAUGACUUCCCCACUAUGGAUUCUCCCUGUUCCUACAUGCACAGCUGAUGGACACGUUAACACGUUCGCGAACAUCUCAUGCCUUUAUUGUGUGUGUGACGGUGGUUACACACGCGCAUCUGUCCAUGCAGAUGCAAUGGAAAAGCACGGACAUACAGGAAAACCGGGAUGUUUCUGACCCGAAAUGUUUUCCUUUUUGUCAGAACAUGCACACUUCUUAAACGAGGAUGUUACCGUAAGCGUGGAGAUUGAAUACACGCUCGGGCAUCUUUAGUCGCUUUGUGCGGUUUCUUCUGAACUUGUUUCAGUCAAUCAGAAAUGAAGGAAUUGGACAUCUGUGAUGAGCCUGAACAUCUGUUGCUCUUGUUUUUCUCUGGUUUAUGUGUUUUUGUGGGGUUUGUCCCGGUAUUAUUCAGAAUUACUGGUUAACAUCAGUAAACCAGAGCAGAGUGCUACUGUAUGUACAUUAUGGAGGAUGGUGUCUAAUAUGAAGACUUUUAUCUGGGCGCUUUAUUCACAUGGCCGUUCACCUAUCAAAACAUCACAUGUCAGUAUGAAUACGUCUUACAGCCAUUCGCUUUUAAACUGCACACACUAUAAAAGUAAGUGAAUUGAUUUUAACUGGAACAUGAUGGUAUGAAACGGCGUCGUAUGAGUUUAACUGAAGAGAAAGAGAGAGUUUGUUAUUUUUCUGUAUAUUUGUAGUUAGUGUUAUAUAUUUAUGAACAAAUGAUCAUUUUUUGAUGGAAUCAGUUUUUUUUCUCUAUGUGAAUAAUUUACACUGUCCACUGUAUGACUUUUGGGUUUUACUGUUCAGCUUGUGUGUGCGUGUGUGUGCGUGUGUGUGCGUGCGUGUGUGCUUUUAUAAAAGUGUAUUGUUUUCUAAAAGCCCAGAUUUACUUGCAUCAUUUUCUUCUGGGAUUAUAUUUUGGGAGACUAAAGCGAAUGUUGUUUGAGCUGGACACUGAUGUUGCAUUAUCUGAGGUGCAGACAGUUGUCUAUGCAAUAAAAAAGUCACCACACGAUCACUGCCUUUUUAAAAUUUGCUAUGUUUUGUAUGGUGUACAUUGUGAAAAUAAAUAAAUUAAUAUCAAGUGCAA